AAAACUAAUUUAAAAAAAUUAGGAAAAAGAAAAAACAUCAUAAUAUUUAGCAAAGAAUACACUAUUUGUUAGGUACAAAUAGUAUAUUAUCGGUAAUCGUAUAAUAUUUAUCUAAGAAUAUAUUAUUUGUACCUAAUCGGUAAUCAUAUAUAAACAUCAAUAAAUUCAGUUUUAAAAUCAGUGGUUUAAUGAGGAAUAAAAACAUGCAUUUUCUUGAUAAUUUUAAUCCGGAAACGUCUGCGCGUGAACGACGGAAAUUGAAUCGCAAAAGUUAUUUUAUGAAUCGCAAAAGCAAAAGUAUUUAUAAUGAAAGAGGACAAAUUGCUGCUACGGGCAAAGAUUUGUGUGAUUGUUUAGAUGAAACUUGUCCAGGUUGUCACUUCCCGUGCACAAGAUGCAACUCAUUGAAAUGUGGCCAUGAAUGCAGAGUCAACAGAAAAUGGAUGUAUGAUAAAAUAGAAAUAGAAGGAAAUGAUUUUAUUAUCAAAAACGAGUAUAAAUCCAAAUAAUAUUGAAGUGUAAAGAAUCUCUAUAAAAUCAGUACUUGACAAGAUAAAUCAUUUUUGGAACUAUAAUUUAUGACAUACACAGUGUAAAGAAAUUUUGUGGAAGUCAAUAAAAAAUAUUUCAGAUUAUUAACAUAA